CCCAGCUGGGCUGCAUUACUAACCAACCCUGCCAAUAAAACAGCUUCCUGGGGGGGCUUUGUCCUCUCUGACUGCAGGCCCUGGGGUGCUGUGUCCCCCCUGGCUAGGGUCUGGGUGGUUCUGUCUCCUCACCGCCCCCAGCUGCCCGUCCGCACCAUGAUGCUGCGCUCGGGUAAGAUCACGCCCCGGGUGAAGAAGCCUUUUAGCCCCAGAGAGACCAGCGGCGGCGUGGAGGAUCUGGGGCCCCCAGCUCGGAAGGCGAGCGCCCCCAGAGAGGGGAAGAGCCGGUGGAGAGGCUGGCGAGAGGACAGCACUACCGAGCCCAUGUCCCCGCUGACGGGAAGGGCCGUGAAGGUUCAUUUUGAACGGUGCCCAUCCAGCCCAGCAAGCAAGGCGGCUUCCCUCCAGAUCCCACCCCUGGGCGCUGUCUGCUUCUCUCCCCUGGGCGCGGAGGAGCCAGAGAGCCCCUGGGUGCAGAGAGGGAGGCCUGGAGCUCAGCCCCCAGGUGGAGUUGUGUAUUUUGGGGAACUCCCGCCGGAUGAGCCAGAGGAAAUUGGUAUCUUGAGUCCCUUCAUCCACAAGGCCCUGCCCCCCAGGUCUAGCCAGAAGCCCCCCAGGAAAGAAACUCCCAUCAAGACCCGCAGCACCCCUGAGAGCACCCUGGUCCUGGAGCUGGAGGGGAUCCUGGUCUGUUGCUCCCUGACAUCCAGCCAGGAUGCGGACUGCACCUUCCUCACAGACUUCCAGGGGGACGUUUAUCAGGUUUACAUGAAGCUGCGCCCCCACGUGCAGGAGUUCCUGGAAACCCUUGCCAAAGCCUACGAGAUCUUUGUCUUCACCACCGCGAAGCAGGACUACACAGAGAAGAUCCUGGAUGUCUUGGACCCUCAGAAGAAGCUGAUCAGGCACCGCCUCUAUCAGCAGGACUGCCUCUGCGUGCAGGGUUACUAUGUGAAGGACCUUUCCAUCCUGGAGAGAGACCUGGCCAGGACAGUGGCCCUGGAUGAUUCGCUCCAAGGAUUCCCCUACCAGAUUUCCAACUGGAUCCCGAUCCCCGGCUGGCUGGGAGACCGCCAGGACGAGGAGUUGCUGCGUGUCCUCCCGCUGCUGGGGAAGCUUAGCCAAGCGGGUGACGUCCGCACCGAAAUCCGGAGGAAAUAUCGACUCUGCAGGCUACUGGCUGUGGACUGACAUCUGCCCAGGGACUGGGUGUGGAGGGAAAACCCCUUCCCAGAUGUCUGUCCUGACGGGCUGCUCCCAAAUGUCCCAGGCACAAAGUGCAGCACUGCUGCCCGGUUCCAGUCAGUGACAGCGCAAACAUUUGCUCCGUCCCCUCCUACCUAUACUCUCCUUCUCCACAUACAGCCAACUGGGAAAAUGGAGCUCGGCAACCCGUGUGCAGAGGGCAGCUUCCUACUGGGGAAAUCCAAAUCUGACCCCCAAGAUCUACAGUUCAGAAGUUACUAGUGCCUCGAAGUACUUCUCAAGUUGGACCCUCAAAAUUGAACCUCUUAAAGGGGCUGAUUUUUUUUCACUCACCCUCUGACAAAUCAGGCCACUUAAAUGUGUCCCAGAUGGGCACCUGGACUCAAGUUAAGAAAAUAUACACACCCCACCCCAAGAUUAACCCAAACAAAGACCCUUUGAAAGCAUCCCCUUUACGUGCUCUCCACACUGCAGAGGGAACCUUCCUUUGUCUCCUUCCAAAGCAACAACUUCCCUGCAGCCCUUUGCAACCCAAGCAUUGCAGCAAGUUCCCAGGACAUGAGCACCUGAAAGUGAAACCGAGUAGAAACAGUUGAAACUGACCAGCCUCUGAGCUGAGAGAAAUGCAAAUGGCUGAAGGUAAACUCCACUUCAAUUCUAUUGUCGCCUUUGUAUUAAGCUGGGCUAGUUUGUAUUGGCUUUGAAACCUGUGUCCUUAAAACAGCUUUUAAAAAACCCACCUCUGAGACCGUUUGUUCAGCCAGAGGGCUGCAUUUAAGGCUUGCUGCCCCAGAGUGGCUACAGUCUAGCAUCACAGUGUGCUGGGCCCCAGGGCAAUGGUUGCUGGCUGUGCAGCUCUGCCUGCUGCUAAGAUUUCUCUAGUGGUACAUUCGCACCUGCCUCUUGUGUCUCUUUGUAGCUCACCUCCAGAAUUCUCCCAACUCACUGAAGGCCUCACUCUUCUCCCUGGGUGGGUCAGUGGAGAGCAAGCCAGGCAUUCCCUGUAGCCACUCCAGGGGUGGGUGGGUCCUGGGGGGAGAGCUGAGCUGUACAGAGGGAAGCUGGGAGGGGAAUUUUUGUCCCUGGCAGGACUUGCAGCCAGCCUUGGCUUUCAGUUUUCAAUCUGUUGCAUGCCACUGUCUUGCCAACGUGCCUCCCCACCAUACUGGGAACUGAGCUGCUUGGGUGAGCUGGCUGGCACAGGCCUCCCCAGGAGCUUGGCGCUCUGAUCACCUAGUCCGGGUUCUGCAGUGAGCCACCGGAGCUUCAAAGGCGUAACUGGCGCCAGUGCUAGGAGCUGAGUUCAGCAAGGCCAUUCCCUGGGGCCGAGGAGCUGGGGUGGGUCAGCAAAGGACCCUCCAACUCAGCUGCACCAAGUAGCUCUUUCCAGGCAAAACAUUGAUCUUCCCUCCCUGUCCCCCCAGACACCUCCCUCAUGAUCAUCCACCUGCAGGGCAGGUGUGCAGCCCUUGUGCCUGGCUCCCCCAAGGCUGGGGUGGAGUAAGAGGUUUUUGCGUUGUGCUCUCCCUGUUUUAAGUGUCGUGCGCUGAGAUUCCCAGCUGGACUCUUGUAACUUUGUUUGAAAAGUUCUUUCUUUGUAAUAUUUGUUUAAUAAAAACCAAAACCAACUCCUCA